AUGGUGCAAGUUCAUACCGCGGGUGCUGCGGGUCUUCUACUGGUCGGACAUCAUCACCGGCGGCGUCUUGGCCCACAGCUUGUACUACGUAUGCGAUGUGCCUUUGAGGACUUGGCUGCUAGGUGGCCUCCUCCUGGGCUUUCCAGCCACAGAUAUGGUGCAUCGGAUGAUCAUGAAGGAUGA